AUGAAGAUCGAUCUUUGGCUUCUUGCUGCUAUCUUUUUCGGUGCUGCUGAAGCUGCCGUCUCUUCGAACUACACUGAAGCUAGACUUAGCUCUGGUACCAUCAAGCUCGGUAGCUGGCAGAGUGCCUACGAUAAGGCUUCCGCAUUCGUUGAUACCCUCAGUUCCUCCGACAAGCUCUCCAUAAUCACCGGAGGUAGUGCUGGCAACUUCUCCGGUCUUGAGAUCCUCGAUUCAUCCGCCAACCCCAUCAAUUACUACUAUGUUACCGCUUGGCCAGCAGGCAUUGCAAUGGCCAUGACCUGGGACAAAGCCAUACUCGAGGGCCAAGGUCAAGCGUUGGGGGCAGAAUUCAAGGGAAAGGGAGUCAAUGUCGGUUAUGCUCCCACUGUACAGCCUCUUGGACGUUCGCCCUGGGAUGGACGAGGCGGUGAAAGUUAUGGCCCUGACUCUUAUUUCUCUGGCAUUAUGGGCGGCGCAUUAGCCAAAGGAAUGUUGGCUAGUGGUGUUAUUCCUGGUGCGAAGCACUACGUAUUGAAUGAGCAGGAGACCAAUCGUCAAGGCUCGAACAGUAUGGGAGGUGGAAUGGCUGGAGGCGUUGGUGGCCCCGGAGGCAACUCCACGGAUGGUGACGCUGGUGGCGCACCCCCCAGCAUGCGACGUCGCCAGGACCUCGCGGACAACUCCACGGCAGCUUCCUCCGAAGCCUAUAGUGUUGUAGUCGACGACAAAGCUCUCCACGAGACCUACCUCGCACCAUUUUACGAUACAGUCAAGAACGGUGUUGGUGCUGUCAUGUGCGCAAUGAACCGUAUCAACGGCACUUACGGAUGCGAGAACCAGGACACACUUUCAAGGCUUCUCAAAACUGAGAUGGGCUUCCCUGGCUUUGUCAACCCAGAUGCAGGCGCUCAGAAAACAGGUGUUGACUCCGCAAAUGCCGGGCUUGACUACGGUUCUUCGUCCUACUGGAGUAAUGCCACUCUCAUUGCUGGAAUAGCCAAUGGGACCUUCACCGAAGAUCGUCUAAACGAUAUGGUCAUCCGUAACCUCAUCGGUUAUUUUCGCCAAGAGCAAAACAUUAACUACCCGACACAUGCAGGCUAUACAGAUCGUGUCGAUGUGCGUGGCAAACAUGGCGAAUUGGCACGCAAAUAUGCGGCGGAAUCAUUGGUGCUUUUGAAGAACACUGAUGGUGCUCUUCCACUUACCAAAGCUCAGCGUGUCAUAUCCAUCUUUGGCAGUCAUGCCGCUCCACGCAACGUCGGACCAAACACUGCUCUCACCGUUCAGUCUGGUGUGGCCGAUACCAUGGAGGGACACAUGACCCAGAAUGGUGGUAGUGCAAUGUCUUCGAACGCGUUUCUGGUCACUCCUUUCCAGGCUUUCAACGAACGAGCCGAAUCAGAUGGUUUCAUGCUCAAGUGGUGGUUGAACAACACAGUCGUUGAGAGCUCAGGUGGAGGUAUGAUAAUCAGCGAUGGUGCUGGUACGGAGAUUCAGGAAACCACUCUUGGUAUGGCAGACGGCUCUGAUGCCUGCAUCGUCUUCAUCAACGCUUGGGCUGGUGAAGGAGGUGACAGGAGUGAGCUUGCAAAUGCGGAGCAAGAUCAUCUAGUCAACUAUGUGGCGGACAACUGCAACAACACUAUCGUGGUUGUCAAUACUGUCGGUCCGCGCCUACUUUCCCAGUGGAACGACCAUGAGAAUGUUACCGCGAUCCUAUACGGUGGCCCGCUCGGUCAAUCUUCCGGUCACGCGAUCAACGAAGUAUUGUUUGGCGACGUCAACCCUUCCGGCAAGCUUGUGCACACGCUCGCCAAGAACGAGUCUGAUUACGACUCCAAUUUCCAGAUCAGCGAAGCUUCCGAGAUUGACUUUACCGAAGGCAACUUCAUCGACUACAAGUACUUUGAUCAGCAGAACAAGACAGUCGGUUAUGAAUUCGGGUUUGGAUUGAGCUACACCACUUUCGAGUACGCAUCUAACAUCACCGUCACUUCGGACACCGAGAAGUUAUCCGAGACCUACGCAUCUGGUGCACUCGCUGUUGGCGGCCGUGAAGAUCUCUGGGAUCUCGUUGCAACUGUAAGCACCACCGUUACCAACACGGGCCGUGUCCCCGGCGCGGAAGUCGCGCAGCUGUACGUCGAGUUCCCUGCCGCAGCUGACGAGCCAGUCAAACAAUUGCGCGGCUUCCAGAAGGUCACGGUCAAGCCUGGUCAGACCGAGAAGGUGCAGUUUCAGCUUCGCAGGAGGGACCUGAGUGUAUGGGAUGUCGUUGCGCAAGAGUGGGCGGUUGUGAAGGGGGAGUACAAGAUGCAUGUUGGAGCUAGCAGCCGCGAUCUGAAAGCUGCUGCAGCAAUGCAGCUGUGA